AUGCCGGCCCCGGCGCUGGGCACCUCCAGCCACCCCCGGGAACGGAGCCCCAUAACUCAGGCUUCCACUGCAUUUCUUUACUACUGCCAUGUGUUUUCUUUGCAGAUCAACGACCUUGAAGUCCUCAACUGUGAAUAUGGCAAGAAUACAAUUAAGUUCCUUCGCCUUCAUAAAGAGGGAAAGAAGGAGUUUGUUAAAGAAGUGGAAGUGUGUGUGCAUCUCCGGCUGACUUCUCCUCAGGAGUACCUGGAAGGAAACAAUUCUCUUGUGAUACCUACAGACACCAUAAAGAAUAUUGUCCUUGUGUUGGGCAAAAAAAAAGGGAUCCCAAGUUUAGAACAAUUUGCUAUAGAUAUCUGCAAUCACUUCAUGACAACAUUUUGCCAAGUGGUGUACGUCAAAACCUACAUUCAAGAAGUACCAUGGCAACGUCUGCAUGAGGAUGGCGUUCCCCACAUCCACUCAUUCAUAUGUGUUCCUGAUGGGAUCCGCUUUUGUGAAGCUGAGCAGUGCCGGAAUGGUCCUCUGGUUGUCUUUGCUGGAAUUAAGGACCUGAAACUUAUGAAGACAACACAGUCUGGAUUUGAAGGCUUCUAUAAGAAUGAACACACCACACUUCCUGAAAGACAUGACAGGAUUCUGUGUGGAGAGUUCUUCUGCAAAUGGUCAUAUGGCGAAUGCAAGGAUUUUGACUUUAACUGCAUAUGGAAGAAAAUCCGUGAAUGUAUCCUUGAAGCCUUUGCUGGACCACCUGACUGUGGGGAAUAUUCACCCUCUUACCAGAAAACUGUCAACUCUAUCCAGAUGCAUGUCCUUUCCAGAGUGCCACAGGUACAGGUCAUAGAAGUCGUCUUGAACAACACUUUUUAUAACAUUGUAGACAUGAAGAAUCUAGGCUUGACCAAUGACAAAGAAGUUUUGGUUCCAGUGGAAACUCCUUAUGGCUCCUGUACUUGCACACUUGGUCGGAAGAAGUUUUUUGAAGCACAAGGCCACAUGCUGAGAGAUGAGAGGAAAUGUCAGUUUGGACUGGCAGCUGCCCAGGGAAACUAA